AGGCAUUGAGGGAGCCCGAAAGCCACGCGCUGUCAGUGACAUCUCGUGAGCAGACUGUGGUGAGGGUGGCGGUGUCCCAAAGGCCUUGCUGUUCCUGUGGCUCCAGAGCACCACCCUUCCCUGCUGUAUCAAUUCGCUCUCAGGCUCAAAGCUGAGAGUGGCCCCCUCGGCUGGGCUUGGCUGGGCUCGGCUCUCCUCUCCCACUGUUACCAGGACGACUGUCUCCCCACAGCCUGGCUGUCUGGACUGGCGGGCGCCAUGAGCUCCACGGAUGAAGUGUCCGUUUGCGGGGCUGGUUUAGGCCCAGAGGGUGGCGAGCAGGCCGGUGCCCACACCGCCAGCCCGGGAGCCCCACGGGGCGACGGCCACGGCCGAGACCUCAAUUUGGGGGGGCAGCGCAGUGGCAAGGGCAAGGGCAAGGGCGAGAGCGGGUUCACAGAUCCCGAGAGCUUCAGCUUCGAGCCUGAGAGCGAAUUGAUAGAGCAGGGAAGGGUGGUGCUCUGGGGCCAGGAAGGCCGGCCUGGCACCCCGGUCGACGACCAAGCGGGUGGUGUGGACUACUCUUUCUACCUGGCUGAUGAGCCAGCCACCAUCAUGCCGCCGUCUAGCGUCCAGGGACACCCGUCCCCAGAAGGCGCCGCUGCCAAAGGGUGCACUGACAUCUGGGCGGACCUGGAGGUCGGUCCCAGUUGGAGAGGCGCGCUGAGCCCCAGCCCUGGAGAAUGGCAGCAGGCCUCUGCCGGCCCUCUCCACCUCAGUGUUCCUGGGCCAGGACCGGCCUCGGAGAACCCAGAAAGGGGCUCGAAGAGCAGAUUGAGCGUCCAAGUGGAUCCCCAGCAGCCCUCCACGGAAGGCCCCGCCGGGCUGAAUACUGACGACUCUGAUUCCGCAGAUGAGAGCAGCGACUUACCGGUGAUUAGGGUGAUCAUUAGCACCAAAGAAGGAAGCCAGGCCAAGCCCGGAAGCCCCAAGAAGCCAGGAGACACUUGCAGACGCCCCAGUUUCCACUGCAGGGAGAGUUACCUUCAGGUUCAGGGACCUCUCCUGACCUCUCCUCCCCGCAGACUCACCCCAGUCGUGGAGAGGCCGGCCGUGGGAGAGCUGGACGUGCCUUCCUUGAAGAAAAUGCAGAGCAUGGUGUGGGGAAAGAGGGGUGUCAGGCCCAGCUGCUCAGGAGCUGCCGUUAGAGGGCCCCUACCCCGGGGCACUCUGGGAAGGAAGGUGGCCCAGGAGAAGAAAUCCCUAGAGGGUGCACCAGAACUGGCCCUGCGGGGAGCCUUUCCUGCCUGGGGGCAGAGACUUUCAGCAGUUCCACCUGAUCCGGCUAGCUUCCCGCCAGUGUCUGGCGUGGGGCUCCUGGGGAAGUCCGUGAGACCCAAGGAGCCCAAGCACAGCAGCCCUGGGAAGAAACCUGCAGGAAGGAAGACCAGGGAGUCCCAGGCUGCGGCCAGAGAAGAUAAUGACCCAAAUAGAGAUGAGGUCCCAAGGGCCCAACUUCCCACACAGAAGCCAGAGCUGAUUUCUCUGUCCGUGCAUCGUGGAGAAUACAGCAGUGGUGAUCCCAACAUCAGAGCUCCCCAAGUACUAGGAACCUCACAGCCCUCGGCCUUUACCUUGAGACGCCUGGUGCCCAGAUGCCAUGCACCCUCCGGUGACUGGCAGCCACCUGUCCAUCCCCCAAGACCGGAAAGGCAGCAGCAGCAGCCCCCGGGAGCCCAGGGCUGUCCUCGGUGCAUCUUGCUGCAGAGGGAAAUUGAAGACCUUAGAGACCAACUAGCGGCCAUGCAGUUCCUCACUGACAAGUUCCAGGACCUGUGAAGUUGGAGCCAGCAUGUUCCUAUAAGAUGAGCAGCUGCCACCUUUGGAGCUCCGGAGCUGCAGCCAAGCGGGUUCCCUCCAUAUCCUGUUCAGCCAGGGCUUCCUCUCUUCCGCUGCAUUUGCACACUUCCCAACGCAGUUCAAAGCAGUUUGAAAUAAAGUUGUUCUCAUAUUC